AUGGGGGUCACGGGGAAGCGCGCGAGCUUCGGCCCGGCACCGGCCGAGGGGCAGACAUACUACUCUCGCCUCGUCCGUCGUACCGCCGCGCUCAAGGAUGGCCUCAUUCGCCGCGUCGUCGCCGUCCUCGUCUGGCUGUACCGGCACACAAUCGUCCAUCCGAUGCUGCGACGGAAGCACGUCGCCGCCUCCAGCGAUGGCCGCCGUAUUCCCCUCAAGAUCGAGCUCGACUCGCCCCUCCUCGACCCUCGCCGCGGGCAUUCCUACGUGUCCAACGACAUCCGCACCUCGCGUUACACCGUCUGGGACUUCGUCCCAAAACAAAUCUUCUUCCAGUUCUCCCGCGUCGGCAACUUUUACUUUCUCUGCGUCGGCAUCCCUCAGACCAUCCCCGGCCUGUCCACCACCGGAUCCUACACCACCAUCCUCCCCCUCAUGUUCUUCGUCAUCGCCACCAUCAUCAAAGAGGGCUACGACGACUGGAAGCGGAAGCGCCUGGAUAUAAUCGAGAACGCCAACUUUGCCACGGUUCUGGGCAGGGACGGCAGAUGCGCGAUCGAGCAGGAGUCCCUCGUGACCCGGCUCAAUCCCUUCCGACCCAGGAACGAGACGAAGCCUUGGCCCGCCCCGGAUGAGGAGUACCAGGGCGUUCGCUGGGUCCCCGUCAGGUGGGGCGACAUCAGGGUCGGCGACGUCCUUCGUCUGUGCCGCGACGAGCCCGUCCCCGCCGACAUGGUGCUGCUGCACAGCGAUGGCGAGAACGGCCUGGCCUAUAUAGAGACCAUGGCCCUCGACGGCGAGACGAACCUCAAGAGCAAGCAGGUAUGCCCCGCCCUGCAGGGCUGCGACACGAUAGCCGGCAUUGCUCAGUGCGGCGCAGAGCUCGUCGUCGAGGACCCCAAUCCCGACCUGUACAGCUUCAACGGCCGCGUAUCCGUCCGGGGCGAGGCCAUGCCCCUCACCGUCAACGAGGUCCUCUACCGUGGCAGUGUCCUCCGAAACACCGCCUGCGCCGUCGGCGUCGUCGUCAGCACGGGCGAGGAGACCAAGAUCCGCAAGAAUGCCAACCAGCACCCCAAGGCCAAGAAGCCCGCGCUCGAAAAGGUCAACAACAAGAUCGUCGUCACCCUCGCCAUCUACGUCGUCAUCCUCUCCGUGGGUGUGUCCAUGGGCUACAUCGAGUGGAAGGGGGAGUAUGAGAGGCAUGCCUGGUACCUGAAGCACGCCUCCGUCCCCUUUCACGAGAUCAUCAUCGCCUUCAUCAUCAUGUUCAACAACGUGGUCCCGCUGUCCCUGUACGUCACUCUCGAGAUCGUCAAGAUCGGCCAGCUUCUCAUGAUGAACUCCGACAUCCACAUGUACGACGACGAGUCCGAUACGCCCGCGCGGUGCAACACCAACACCAUCCUCGAAAACCUGGGCCAGAUCGGCUACAUCUUCUCCGACAAGACGGGGACCUUGACGGACAAUGUCAUGAAAUUUCGCAAAGUCAGCGUCGCCGGGACCGUCUGGCUCCACGAGAUGGACCUCGAAGCUGCCGACGAAGAUGGCGGGAACGCGUCGUCGUCCACCCUGGGCGAGAACAGCGACUCGUCUUCCAGCAUCCACAAGCCGCAGCCCCUCGCAUUCGUCGUCCCCGAAGCCAAGACCGUGCCGGUCGCCGAGACGCCCGUCAGCCCAUCCAGGCCGUCGAUGGGGAGGCGGUCGGUAUCGGCGAGCAGGAGGUCCUCGUCGCACUGGCAAUCUACCGGGCGGCCCGACCAUGUGCAGCCGGAAGUCAACACCAACGACCUUUUGGAGUACGUCAGGCUUCGGCCGCAUUCGUCCUUCUCUCGGAAGGCGAGGGAGUACAUGCUUGCCAUGGCCCUGUGCCACACCUGCCUGCCGGAGAUCCGCGAUGGCAAGGUUGAAUACCAGGCCUCGUCCCCGGAUGAGCUCGCCCUGGUCAAGGCCGCCAAGGAGCUGGGCUACGCCGUCCUCCGGCGAAGCGCCCGGUCCAUCACUCUGAGGCUGGACCGAGACGAUGGCCAGGCAGAGGAGCAGACGUUUCAGGUCCUCGACGUCAUCGAAUUCAGCAGCGCGCGCAAGAGGAUGUCCGUCGUCGUCCGCUACCCGGACGGGCGCAUCUCCGUCAUCUGCAAGGGUGCCGACUCGGCCAUCCUCCCGCGCCUGAAGAUGUCCUCGCUGGCCAAGCAGAAGGCCACCGAGGCUCGCCAGAGCGCGGAUCUGGAGCACGAGAGGCUGCGCUACGGCGAACGCCAAGAUCUGCGACGCAGCCUCGACAGCCGCAGCAGCCUGGCCAUUCGCCGCCACCCGCGCAUAUCGAUGGAGCUGAGGCAGUCCGACGCCCCCAGGAGCAGCUCGUUCGAGGCGUCCAGGCUGCUGAGGCCUUCGCAGGACCUCCCGAGGUCGAGCGUGGGAGCUAGGGGCCCGUCGCUUGACGGUCGUCGGGGCCAGGGCCCGUACCUCUCGCCUGCUGCGCGCACUCCCGUCCCGGUACCCGAGCGGUUCGCCUUCCUCGAAGACCGCACCUUCAUCAGCGACUCGGACGUCUUCGCCAGGUGCUUCCAGCACCUGGAGGAGUUCGCGUCGGAGGGUCUGCGAACGCUCCUCUACGCACAGCGGUUCGUCCCCGAGGCCGACUACCAGUCGUGGAAGAAGACGUACGACGAGGCCACGACGUCGCUGGUGGAUCGGGAGCAGCGCAUCGAGGAGGCCGGCGACCUGAUCGAGCAGUCGUUUGACCUGGUCGGGGCGACCGCCAUCGAGGACAAGCUGCAGAAGGGGGUUCCGGAGACGGUGGACCGGCUCCGCAAGGCCAACAUCAAGAUGUGGAUGCUGACGGGUGACAAGCGCGAGACGGCCAUCAACAUCGCGCACUCCGCGCGCAUCUGCCGCCCCGGGUCCGACCUGUACAUCCUGGACUCGACCAAGGGCGCGCUGGACUCGCAGCUUGCGACGCUGGCCGAGGACCUGCAGGUGGGCCCGAUGCACAGCGUGGUGGUGGUCGACGGCGCGACGCUGGCGGCGGUGGAGGGGUCGCCGGAGCUGUCGGCGCAGUUCUUCGACGCCAUGGUGCAGAUCGACUCGGUCAUCUGCUGCCGCGCGUCGCCGGCGCAGAAGGCGCUCCUGGUCCGGGAGGUGCGGUCGCGCAUCCGCUCGCUGGGCGGCGGCCGGAAGCGCGGCCUGACGCUGUCGAUAGGCGACGGCGCCAACGACCUGGCCAUGAUCCAGGCGAGCCACGUGGGCGUGGGCAUCUCCGGGAAGGAGGGCCUCCAGGCGGCGCGCGUGGCCGACUACUCGAUCGCACAGUUCCGCUUCCUGCAGCGGCUCCUCCUCGUGCACGGCAGGUGGAACUACGUCCGCACGGCAAAAUUCAUCCUGUGCACGUUCUGGAAGGAGAUGUUCUUCUACCUCCCCACGGCGUGCUACCAGCGCUACAACGGCUACACCGGUACGUCGCUGUACGAGGCGACGAGCCUGACCGUGUUCAACACCCUCUUCACCAGCCUGUGCACCAUCUGCAUGGGUAUCUGGGAGCAGGACCUGCAGGCCGAGACGCUGCUGGCCGUGCCCGAGCUGUACGCCUACGGCCAGCGCAACCGGGGGCUCAACCUGUGGAACUACACGCGGUGGAUGUUCCACGCGGCCUGCCAGGGCGUCCUGGUGUGGUACGGCGUGUGGGCCGGGUACGGGUACUUCGUCCCGAGUAAUGGGGACCCGGGCCUCUAUGCGCUAGGCCAGCUCACGUUUUCUGUCGGGAUCCUGUGGAUCAACUGGAAGUUGUUCAUCUUUGAAACCCACCACAAGACAGGCAUCGUCAUGUUCUCCUUCUUCCUCACGACAAUAGGCUGGUGGGCGUGGAGCGCCUUCCUCGACGGCGUCUUCGCCGCCUCCCCCUCGGGACCGUACGCCAUCCGCGGUACCUUUACCACCAAGUACGGUCGCAACGCCACGUGGUGGGCCACCUUGUUCGUCGUGCUAGCACUGCUGGGCAUGAUGGACAUCCUGCUCAAGGUCGUCCGGCGCAACGUCAGCGUCCUGGGCAGGGCGGCCAGGCGCUGGAGGGAGCGUUCCCGUCCUUCACCCUCACAGCCGUGGUGGAGGUCUGCCGGUGGCGAGCCAUCGGGUACCGGCAAGGGCAGCAAUCUUGAGGAUGACGUUGAUGAGGAAGGGGAGGAGAAGACGGUGGAUGUGUUGAAUAUCGAGAUUUGGCAGGAGUUGGAGCAGGAUCCAACCAUUUUCGAAAACCUCAAGAGGAUGGCUAGGGAUGGAGAUGGGGAAGAUGAUGAUGAUGAGCACGAGGAUGGUCUGGAUGUGGAUACGGAGAAGAAGAGUUGGAUAUCUGUGCAGUUGGCCAGGUUUAAUGGUAAGAUGCGAAGGUGA